UAAAGGAAGAAGAAGAAAGGGGACAGCUAAGCAAUGAACAAGGAUACUCACCCACCUACCAGAAGUAGAGACCAUAUCCUUUUCAUUCUUCUCUCACGUUCAUCACCCUCUUUUUUAGGACAUCUCCUCCUCCUCUUCAUCACAGUCUCACGCUUCUUGCUUGCUUUCUCUCGUUCAUCCCAGUCUCUCUCUUAGAUAGAUAACUCAGUCUUUCAUCGUUCAGUUGCAUGUUUCGGUUCAAGAUUUAGGGUUUAAGAACAGGAAUUCGAGUAAGUUUCUGUAAAGUAAUUGUCGGCAAUUCGUUCUGCUUCUUCUUCUUCUUCUGCUACUUCAGUUUUUUUCUGAAGCUUUAAAGGGAUUACCGUGUCUUACGUUCAACAUAUCUCGAAGAUUAUUACAUUAAAGAAGGAAACAAUCAUGCUUGGUCCAGCUUUCAUUGAUGAGAUAGGUUCCUCAAACAACUGCGGUGAUUUAUUCGAUAGUAUCGAAGAUUUACUAGACUUUCCUAUAGAAGAAGUUGAAGGAGACCUCGUCGGUGGAAGUGUCGGUGCUGGUAAUCAGUUUGAUAGUGGUGUUUGGCCCGGUUCAGCACCACCCGUUGAACCUUUAACUUCUGUUUUCAACGACAACAACACUACCUCAGACCUUGAUACAGGACUUCCGUAUGAUGAUUUCCCACAGAUGGAAUGGCUAUCAAGCUUUAUGGAAGAUUCUUUCUCAGGCGGAAGUACUAUCCUAGAUAGUGAUACUACUACAAACGUUGCAGAUAACAAAAACAAUGUCAGCAGCAACAUUAAGACUGAGAGUCAUGAGUUUAAUCAGUUCCAAACAUCCAGUCCAGUGUCUGUCCUGGAAAGUAGCAGCUCUUGCUCUAGUGGCAUGAAAACAAUGCCACUUAAUGCUGAAUCGUUCAUCCGAGGCCGUGCUCGUAGCAAACGUCCACGCCCUGCUACCUUCAACCCUCGCCCUGUCAUACAACUUAUCUCUCCAACAUCAUCCAUUACGGACGCAACAACCACCACAGCCACCAGCAGUUCAGAGAUUCUUUCGGAAAUUGGCAACCAUGCAGAGUCCCGUGUUAUGAUGAAACUAGCCGAACGGGGUUAUAUGUCAUCAUUCGAACCCAAAAAGAAGAUUAAGAAGAUCAAAAUUAAGAAAAUCAAGAUGCCAACCUUGUCAGGUUCAAUGGACUAUUUCCAAAAUGUGGCUACUGCAUCCAAUGCUCCUGUUAGGAAAUGUCUGCAUUGUGAGAUAACAAAGACUCCACAGUGGAGAGCAGGACCCUUGGGGCCGAAGACCCUCUGCAACGCCUGUGGUGUACGUUACAAAUCAGGUAGACUCUAUCCUGAAUACCGUCCUGCUGCAAGUCCAACCUUUGUUCCUACUCAGCACUCCAAUUCCCACAAGAAGGUCUUGGAGAUGAGGAUCAGAACUUGUGAGAAGAUGCAGAAGCCAACAGUUGAAUUCUUGCCAAAAGCUAGUCAUUUGCUUGAUGAGAUAUGACUACGAUGAAGAAGAAUUAGAGACUUUUUGCAUCUUGUUUGUUUUUUCAUUUCUUAGUCCAUUUUGUUUAUUGUACAGAAAUGAGGAAGAUGGGGAAACAUGACCAAAUAGUUGACCAUAUUUUAGUUCACGAGAGAGAUGAAGAGAGAAAAACUUAGAACAGGGUAGAAAGAUAGCAGCUUAUAGAUUAGAAUAUAGGUGUAGCUCGAGAACUAGGUUUAGUUAAGGAGAAUCAAUCAUGUAUGCCUUUCUUUGGUUAAAUUUUAGAAAUUCUUUUUGCAGUUAAUAAUUUGUUUGGAAA